GUUUGACGUUCACAGAGUACUAUAUUAUAGACGUUGACAGCACAAUAUUAGUCUAUGACGUUGACGCUUUCGGGACUUUCGCUUCGCCAUCUUCAAAAUCAUUGAUUAACUUCAUUUUUCUGUUAACCAUUGAUUACAACCUUGAAUGUUAUUUCAGAAAAUAUUAAAGUAACGAAUUAUAAUCGGCAUUUGGUGAAUCUUGUACAUACUGCCCAUAUUGAUAAUGAAUUCCAACGAAGUUUCAACUAAAAGAUCAAGAGCGACAAACUUUACGCUGAGUGAGCAGAAUGUGUUACUAGGUCUUAUAGCUAAACAUAGAGAUGUUACUCUGGGCGACAAAGUGACUACUUCUUCGAAAAUCCAAACAUGGAACAAGAUUUGUGCUGAAUUCCAUGAGAUCACUAAAGUACACCGCACUUCUUAUUGUCUCCGCAACAAAUGGGAUAACAUCAAAAGAAAACGACGGCUAGAGGGAAAAUUUGAGCCAGAUGAACUGUUGGCCCCGUUCACUUUUGAAGAUGGGGAAAGUUGUACAAAUGAAUUCACAGAUGUGGACGAGUCAUCCUGCAACUCUUCCAGAAGCCAGGAGCUAACCCCUCAAAAACCGGCCAUGGGUGCAGACAUCAAAAUCAAAUCUGAACCCGUAGCAAAAAGAAACAAAUCUGACGACUCGGUGGGCGCGCAGCCGGCGGGCGCGCGCUGCGUGGUGCUGGAGGGGGUGCCGCACUACUACGCACCCGACCCGCUGGCCGGGGACGACAGACAUGCGCCGGCGCAGCCGCCACCAAUGAAUGGUAGAGCUGUGCGACCCAGUAUUGUAGAAGUAGCCAAGCCAGUGGCCGUGGUAACAAACACGAAUAUGAAACAAAAACUUGAGGCGGAGCUCCUAAGUACCCAACUGGCGAAUGCGGCCGCCGAGAAACGCAGACUUCGAACACAAGAGACCAAGGACAAACUAGAGUUGGAGUUGCUGAAAACUAAUUUAGAAAACGCGAGAUCCGCCCGGCGCCUGCAGCUGCUUCAGGAGGAAAAGGAAAAGAUUGAGAUUGAGCUACUGAAGACUAACUUAGAGAACGCAAGAAAAGAAAAUUCCAAGCUGCAAUUAGAUCUACAACAACAACCAUUUGACGCAGGUGAUAGCUGAUUGGUCCAAAAAGGAUAAUGGAUGCCUUGCACUGGACUGAAGAAGCAUCACUACAUUCCAUGAUUCCACAAGAUGGAGUCCCUUUAUGAGGUUUUAUACAGGUAGAAGUGAGCCGAGGAAUGACCUAAGACAGGUAUCUGGAAGAUUAGAUUGCUGAAUUGCAAACAUUGUGAUGAUGCAUAGAUGAUUUUAUACGUUAAGUAUAUAGAAAAGUUUAAGAUGGUUAAAAUAUAU